AUGUCUUGCUACGGAAUUCGUGACUGCUGCAGUGUCCCCACUGGGCCGGCCACCACCAUCUGCUCUUCGGACAAGUGCUGCCGUUGUGGGGUUUGCCUGCCCAGCACCUGCCCUCAUGAAAUCACCCUCCUCCAACCCACCUGCUGCGACCUCGGCCCCACUCCUUGCUGCGUACCCGAUACCUACGUGGCAUCGUGCUCGCUGCUGAACUCCUGCUACCCAACUCCCGGCCUUUAUGGGAUCCCUGUGACCACCUGCAUUCAGCCUUGCCCCUGUGACUGCUAA